AUGGUAGCGAUGACUAUGGGAUUGGGGGUACUUAAUAUUCAAGAGCAAGGUUGGAAGAAAGGCCCUUGGACUCCUGAAGAAGAUAAGCUUCUCUCUGAGUAUGUCAACUUGCAUGGUGAAGGAAGAUGGAGUUCUGUGGCUAGAUGUGCAGGAUUGAAUAGGAGUGGUAAAAGCUGCAGACUAAGGUGGGUGAAUUAUCUUAGGCCUGGCCUUAAGAGAGGCCAAAUCACACCACAAGAAGAAGGCAUCAUUAUCGAACUGCAUGCUCUUUGGGGUAACAAAUGGUCAACCAUUGCAAGAUACCUGCCGGGGAGAACCGAUAACGAAAUAAAAAACUUCUGGAGAACCCACUUCAAGAAGAAAGAGAAAUCCUCUCUGAAGCAACAAAAGAGAAGAUCUCAGAUUCUGAAAGACAAGUUCCAAAAGGAUCAGCUUCAAGCGCAGCAAGAAAACACCCAUCACACCAAAACUACAACAGCCAGCGAAGAAAAACUGAAUAUUCACGAUCAUCAUCAUCAGUCGCAAGAUCAAACUACUACUACUCAUGAGCAUCAUGACAUGGCUUUCUCCGUUAACGGCUCUGAUCAUCAGUGCUUACCUGUGAUGUACCAAGACCUAGUUUCAUGUUCGUGGUACGACGCCACACCGGAUCAGGAAUACGUGUUAUGGGGUGGCCUCUGGAACCUAGAUGAUCCCCAUUCAUGA